GCGGGGUAUAUGUACCGUUGUGGUUUUAGAGCUCGGCUCCGUUUGACGUAAGCAGAACAUUUCUUAGUUUCACCGCUCUUUCUGCUGCUCGCUUCCUAGGAAGCAAGGUGGGAUACCUGGGGAGGAACAGAAAUACCUCCAGUUGUUUUGGUUAGCAGCUUUCUUGCUGCUUCCCGACGUGAGAUGCAUUUACCAAAGAGAGCUGGGGAAAAAGGGGAAGGGAAAGCUUGUGGCCCCCGCUGAUUACUUGGGGUGAGGGCGCAGGGGUGGCAGGGGUUGUCCUCCCCGACAUCAGGGUCUGGGAGGUGGCUGAGACCUGCAGCCUGCCGAGCACCGCGGUGUGAUGUAACCCCCCCAUUAAGUAACAUGGCUAUUUUUGUGUUCUUACCACAUCUGAAAGGAGCGGCAUUAGUAUUGCUCUGUGUGCAGGGCUAAGGGUCCAGUCCCUCAUAUCAACGGGCGUCUGGAUUGAUAAAUGUCUGUUUAUUUAAGGACUGCUGCUUAUUUUGUGCCUAUUAGGAAAACUGGGAUCUCUUCAGACUGCUGAGCUUGCACAAUAGCUCAGCUGACAAACUGAGGCUUGUUGGGAUGCUAAAAGAGCCGAGGAGGGUGAUGUGAAACAUGUAUUUCCCUACAAGUCUAAUUAGGGCCGUGGGAGGAGAGAGCACUGGCGUUGCAGAUACAGCCUCCCACUGGCUUACAUACAAAACUGAAAGUAUGACUCUUUCCCCCGCCUUCUGCUUUUCUCAAAGGAAAGGCCAUGGUUUCCUAAUGAAUACAUGGUGAGCAGUUCUGUCCAUAGCACACUGUGAUGAGUAAGUUGAAUAGUGCAUGGACAAACACCAUGAUGCUGCUCAUGAAAUUAUUGAGACAAUUCGGUGGGUCUGUGAAGAAAUCCCAGAUCUCAAGCUUGCUAUGGAAAACUAUGUUUUAAUUGACUAUGACACAAAAAGCUUUGAAAGCAUGCAGAGGCUUUGUGACAAGUACAACCGAGCCAUUGAUAGCAUUCAUCAGUUGUGGAAGGGAACCACCCAACCGAUGAAGCUGAACACACGUCCCUCCAACGGGCUCCUCCGUCACAUCCUGCAGCAAGUGUAUAACCACUCGGUGACUGAUCCUGAGAAACUCAACAACUAUGAGCCCUUUUCCCCAGAGGUUUAUGGAGAAACUUCCUUCGACUUAGUGGCCCAAAUGAUAGAUGAAAUUAAAAUGACCGAGGAUGAUUUGUUUGUUGACCUGGGCAGUGGCGUGGGUCAGGUGGUGCUUCAAGUGGCUGCAGCCACAAACUGCAAACAUCACUAUGGUGUGGAGAAAGCUGAUAUUCCAGCCAAAUAUGCUGAGACGAUGGACAGAGAGUUCAGAAAGUGGAUGAAAUGGUAUGGGAAAAAACAUGCAGAAUACACACUGGAAAGAGGUGACUUCCUCUCAGAAGAAUGGAGAGAGAGAAUUGCAAACACAAGUGUUAUUUUUGUGAAUAAUUUUGCCUUUGGUCCUGAGGUGGAUCACCAACUGAAGGAGCGAUUUGCGAACAUGAAGGAAGGUGGGAGAAUUGUGUCCUCAAAACCUUUUGCACCUCUAAAUUUUAGAAUUAACAGUCGAAACUUGAGCGAUAUUGGCACUAUAAUGAGAGUUGUGGAGCUAUCACCACUGAAAGGGUCUGUGUCAUGGACCGGGAAACCAGUUUCUUACUACCUGCAUACUAUUGACCGAACCAUACUUGAAAACUAUUUUUCUAGUCUCAAAAAUCCAAAACUCAGGGAGGAACAAGAGGCAGCUAGACGUCGUCAGCAACGAGAAAAUAAGAGCAACACAACUACUCCAACGAAGGUUCAAGAAAACAAGGAUUCUGGUGCUGAAGAAGAAAAAGCUGGGGCAAAUUCUGUUAAAAAGCCAUCUCCCUCUAAAGCACGGAAGAAAAAGCUAAGUAAAAAAGGAAGGAAAAUGGCAGGCAGGAAACGAGGACGUCCCAAGAAAAUGAACACUGCAAAUACAGAGCGCAAGACUAAGAAGAACCAAACCGCACUAGAACUCCUGCAUGCUCAAACUGUUUCACAGACAUCUUCAUCCUCUCCUCAGGAUGCAUACAAGUCACCUCAUAGUCCAUAUUACCAACUACCUCCUAAAGUGCAACGGCAUUCAUCUAACCAGCUACUGGUGACACCUACCCCACCUGCACUACAGAAGCUGCUAGACUCUUUUAAGAUCCAGUACAUGCAGUUCAUGGCAUACAUGAAAACUCCUCAGUAUAAAGCAAGUCUGCAACAGUUACUGGAGCAGGAAAAGGAGAAGAAUGCACAGCUACUGGGAACAGCACAGCAGUUAUUCACCCACUGCCAGGCACAGAAAGAGGAAAUCAAACGUCUUUUUCAACAGAAACUUGAUGAGUUGGGCGUUAAGGCUCUGACAUACAAUGACCUGAUUCAGGCUCAGAAGGAAAUCUCUGCUCACAAUCAGCAACUGAAAGAACAGACAAAACAGCUGGAGAAGGAUAACAGCGAACUCAGGAACCAGAGCUUACAGCUGCUUAAAGCACGCUGUGAAGAACUGAAGCUGGAUUGGUCAACAUUGUCACUGGAGAACUUGCUGAAAGAGAAGCAGGCGCUGAAGAAUCAGAUUUCUGAGAAACAAAAGCACUGUUUGGAACUGCAGAUCAGCAUUGUGGAACUUGAGAAAAGUCAAAGACAGCAGGAGCUAAUGCAGCUGAAAUCAUACACGCCGUCUGAUGAGUCACUGUCAGUACAGCUACGCAAUAAAAACCAUUUGAGCCGUGAUCCUGAGGCUGAUCACGGCAGGUUCCAACUGGAGCUUGAAUGCUCUAAAUUUCCGAUGCCCCACAUCAAUGGCAUGAGCCCUGAACUGUCCAUGAAUGGCCAUGCUACUCCCUAUGAAAUCCAUAACACUUUUAGCAGGCCGUCCUCCAAGCAGAACACCCCUCAGUACACAACUUCUCACCUGGACCAAGAAAUAGUACCUUGUACCCCAAACCACAGCAGCAGACAGAAGGCAGACAAGAUGACGAGCUUGUCCUUACCUGACUAUACCAGGUUUUCCCCAGCUAAAAUAGCACUAAGGAGACACUUGAAUCAAGACCAUGCAGUCAAUGGAAAAGCAACAACUAAUGAGAUACAGAGAGCUGACCACGUCAAAGAGAAUGGCCUUACGUAUCCAAGCCCUGGUAUUUCAAAUGGCAUAAAGCUGAGUCCUCAGGAAACUCGGCCCUCUUCCCCAGCGGCCUUACCAAUUGCAGGCGAGAAGGGUUUAAGAGAGAGAACCUCUGUGAGUAAUGGAGAAACUAUCACCAGCCUACCUAUCAGUAUUCCUCUCAGCACAGUGCAGCCCAAUAAACUCCCUGUUAGUAUCCCUCUGGCCAGCGUAGUCCUACCUAGCCGUGUUGAGAAGGUGAGAAGCACACCUAGCCCGGUUCAUCAGAGCAGAGACUCAUCAACACUUGAAAAGCAGAUUGGUGCUAGUUCUCAUAAUGGUGUAAGCAAUGCUGCUGGAAACAAGCCACUGGCUUUGGCUACCUCAGGUUUUUCUUACUCUUCUGGCUCCGUGGCAGUCAAUGGAAAUCUUACAAACAGCCCAGCCCAUCUUAACCAUAGUGUUGAUCAGGCAGCUCUGGACGACUCUGGGAGUCUGUUUAACUCAGUAGGGUCUCGGAGUUCCACUCCACAACAUCCUUUGCUAAUGAUGCAGUCAAGGAACUCUGGGCAAAACUCCCCUGCUCACCAGCACUCAACAAGCCCCAGGUUAAAUGGCACCUCCCAGAGCCUGGUAGGGGUAUUGCAAUAUGCAGAUGCUCAGAAGAUGUUUGCCGAAGGAACAAAGGGGGAUCUUCAGUCUGAUGCAGCGUUUUCAGAUCCUGAGAACGAGGCCAAGAGAAGAAUCAUCUUUACAAUCUCUCCUAAUACAGGACAUGUAAAACAAUCCCCUUCCAACAAGCACAGUCCUCUGCCCGCGAGCGCUCGGCUGGACUGCGGCCAAGCACACGCGCAGGAUGGGAAGAAGCGAGGCCGGCGGAAGAGAUCCUCUACUGGGAAUCUCAGCGGGAACUCCGGGGUCUCCCCUAAACGUAAAUCCUUACCCACUAUGUCUGGACUCUUUACUCAACCAUCAGGUUCACCGCUCAAUAUCAACUCCAUGGUCAAUAACAUUAACCAGCCUUUAGAAAUAACAGCCAUUUCCUCUCCUGAAAACUCCCUGAAGAACUCUCCUGUUCCUUACCAGGACAAUGACCAGCCCCCGGUAUUGAAAAAGGAAAAGCCCCUCAUUCAGACCAACGGCGUUCAUUACUCUCCCCUAACGUCAGAUGAAGAGCAGGGAUCUGAAGAUGAGCACAAUAGCACCAGAAUUGAGAGGAAAAUUGCAACAAUAUCAUUGGAAAGCAAAUCUCCACAGAAGACUGUUGAAAAUGGUGGCAGCUUAUCUGGGAGGAAACAAGCACAAACCAACGAGAACAUGAACAGCAGUAAAUGGAAAUCUACUUUUUCACCAAUAUCUGACAUCAACCUAACCAAAACUACAGACAGUCCCUUGCAGUCGGUUUCAUCCCUGAGCCAGAAUUCGUUGUUUGCCUUCAGGCCGUCCUCUGAGGACAGCCUAGCCAUUGACGCCAAGAUCACAGCACACGCGAGGAAAAGCAUUGCCAUGCCCUCGUCUGGGGCAGACGGGCUCAGCCCUAGUACAAACUCCACCAACGGAUUCACGUACAAUGGUGGACUGUCAACUGACAUUGGUUUACACAGCUUUAUCGAUGGUGCUUCUCUUCCGCACAAGGCUUCAGACGUGACGACUUCCAACUGCUCCCUGGGUUUUCAGUCGCAGCGAAGCAAAGAUGUGGGGAUAUCAGAAACAAAUCCAUUUUUGAACAAGAGGCAACUUGAAGGCCUCAGUGGCACGAAAGGAGAAGACUUAAAUCGGUCAGGGGUCAAAAGCAAAGAGAUGAGCGAAAUAAGCAUUCGUACUGGGGGUUCUUCGGAAAAAAACUCUUUGCAGCAUAACGGAAAGGUCGGCAAAGGAAGGGACCGAGAUGUGGAGUUUAAAAACGGCCACAACCUUUUCAUUUCUGCUGCUGUUUCGUCUGGUGGCCUUCUGAAUGGUAAAAGCCUUUCUACUGCUGUUUCUUCAGCAGGCAACCCAGCAUCUUCUGUGCAGGCGCACCAUCCUUUCCUAAACACUUUGACCACUGGAUCACAGUUCCCCCUUGGCCCCAUGGCCUUGCAAGCAAACCUCAACUCGGUGACAAAUUCCUCAGUAUUGCAGUCCUUAUUUAACUCGAUGCCAGCUGCUGCCAGUCUGGUCCACGUGUCAUCAGCUGCAACCAGACUGACUAAUUCUCACACUAUGGGGAACUUCUCUCCUGGGGUUACAGGUGGAACAGUUGGAGGUAUUUUUAACCAUGCGGUGCCUUCUGCCUCCUCUCCUCAUCAAUUUGGAGCCAGUUUCAGCAGCAGUGCUGUCUCUAGCAGCACAGUGCUAAGCUUAAACCCUCUGCAGGCUGUUGCCAGCACGUCAUCCUCAUCCUUCCCACCCUCCUCCUCUAAUUUAGUAAUAUCUAGUGAGAAUAGAUCUGCUCAGCACCUCAACAGAGCGCCAGUGCAAUCUGUUUUCCAUUCCCCCCCACCCCCUCCUAACGUUUCCUUGCCCCCACCUCCUCCAUUACUUGCUUCUAAUCCUGAGCCUGCGCUUCUGCAGAACCUACCAUCUCUCCCACCUGGCGAUGCUUUUUUGCCAUCCUCUUCUGCUGCUUCUGUCCAAUCUGCUAAUGCUUCUUUGUCUAUUAAGCUAGCCUCUCUCCAGCACAAAACCUCCCGCCCCUCCUUUACAGUCCAUCACCCGCCUCUGCCCCGCUUGGCGCUGGCACAGUCCGCGCCCAUGAUCACGCAGUCCAACGCAGCUGGCACGUCCGCUAUGUGGGUUACACUUGGCAUGCAGUCUCCUUAUGCUUCGCACCUUUCUGGGGUUAAGCCACGAUAAAGAGCUUGCUUAGCUAACAGUUCUUAUUUUGUAAGGUAAGGCUAGAGGAAAAAAAAACAAAACCAAAACAAUCAGGAGUUUUGUGCAAGAUGCUGAAUGAUGCUUCUUCCUUUUCAGAGAUAGGGUGGGGAUGGGCUCUGUGAAACAAACCUCUAAAAUGUGGGAAGCAAAUAAUGUCACGGCAGAGGGUGAAGAGGCUUAAUGCUCUCUGUUCUGGGAGUCAGGAUUUCUCGACAAGGAGUGCUCACAGUGGUAACUCUGGUCUGUCUCAUCUGACAUCAGGAUUAUGUUCAGGUUGGGAUCACUUCUUGAAAAUGUUUACUUCUGAAGAUCAGUUAUCAGGAGGAAGUCCUAUUUUUAAGUAAGGUUUUUAUACAGUUGUUGGCAGUGGUUGUUGCCUACUUUGAUUCCCCCUUGUCCUCUUCUUGCCUUCCAACACAGACUGUUACUUCUUCCACAAGUCCAUGUUCGCAUAGCAUUAGGAUGCGUGAUGCUGCUGCUUUGUGACUCUGGCAACGUGGUGGUCUUGUUUUCAUUGUCAGUCAAUAACUGCUGCUCUCAGUCAUAAAGUUAAAAAAUCUCCAGGUUACAAGCUGCAGCUUUGUCUUGGAGUGCAAAUGCACUGGUCUUGCACUGCAGUCAAUGUGCCCCCUGCAUCACUGGAAAACACAAUCACAGGUAGCAAAACGUUAUAAUCUGAAUUAGAAUAAACCAAGAAGGCCUUGUUAUCUGCACACUGCAGCGUUACUGGACUUGACUGCUAGGGCUAACAGUAACAGUCUCUAUCAGAUGCUGUAUUUAUGCUCAUUUGGCAAUCACUGACUUUCUGGGUAGACGUGAAUGAGAUGAUAGGGAACAUGCAGGGUUCACUGCGGUCCAUGCUUCAUAAGGGCUGGGGCUGCAGAAGAGAGGAGGGUCUCUGGAGACUGUGUGUGUUUUUACUGAAGCAGUAUUUAAAUGCCUUUAGAGCAACUCCAGAAUAAAGUGUACCACCACAGAGUUGGGUACUGUUGUUGUGAAAAUACUCUGUGGCAUCGUGAUGUAACAGCUCGUGACUGCAAAGUUAAAUCAGUAUGUUAGGGCCCAGAGCUCGCUCCAUGCUUUUCUUGUAGGUCUUUGAUGUUGUUGCUGUUCACUGAUACCAAAGCUACGUAAAAUCUAUGGUUGGAUACUCUUUGCUGCUUAUAAAACAUAUGCCUCAAUUACAAUAUACCUGAGAGAUUCUUUUGACUGUGCAUUGUUUAUAGUGUCUUCAUCACGUAAUUGCUUCACAGACAUGAACUUAGUUUCGUUAGGCUUUUGUGAGGCAGGUAAGUGUCCUCUAUAUGACAAGUGAGGGCGAGGAGGAGUUCAGUGAUGUCCCUGUGUGCCUGCAGGGUGACAGGAUGAUGGGGUCACAGGGUGGGCUUGGAAGACCCUGGUUAGAAACAAGCUCGGGGCCAAGGCCGAGGAGGAUUAGAUGUGGGGCUUUGUACACCUGAGCGACUCCGGAGAGCGGUGUGGAAGUCAGCUGAAGCAGAUGCCUUACCUGGAGUGGGGGUCAGGCUGGGCUGGACUCCAUGCCAUUGUGUGUGAUGGGUCCUGCCACAGCAAGUCUCGGAGCAAAAUAGGCAAGGCACAAAAGUGAAGUUCAGCGCAAGGCAGCUGGAUGUCUAAAACUGGACUGCGGAGCAGAGGGGCAGAAGUAAUGCUCCUAGGAGAUGGUUUGUGAGACAAAUGUAUUAUAGUUGGGGUCCUGCUCCAGGUGACAUAUGUGAAAUAUUUGAGCAUUUUCAUUGACCUUAACCUGAACAUGUGUGCUCGAAGUCCUUGCAGAACUGAGGCUGAAAUCUGGAAUGGGACUACAAUAAUCUGUUUCGUUUCUCCUAACAUUUCUCCCGCAAGGUAGUAACAAAUGCAAAGCAGAUUAGUGUGUGCUAAAAAAGGUGAACUCCCGAGUGGGAGAACGAAUGCUUUUUUUCCUCACUCGUUGAGGUCAGUCACACAAGGACAGAGUUUAACAUGGUUGAAUGUUGGAAGCGUCCUGUCUGAUUGUGGUUGGGUCGAGACAAGAUUUGUGCCUUCUUCACUGGCUGACGAGGUCUCGGAGCAGUGUAGAAAUGAUUGACGCAUCUAACACACUGUAGAUUUUGUCACUUAUUUAGAUGAGUCUCUUCCUCUCCUCCUGUUGUGCAGGUAACUAGGAUUUCUACCUCAACCCAAUGUGACCUAUGCAAGGACAACGUGGACCAACUUCACUCGGCUUCCACUGAAAGGUGCUCACCUGGCCUGUGCAGGGGUUUCUACUCUCUUACUACUGGACAAAACAAAAACCUAAAAAGACCUAAACAACAGAGAAAAUAUUUACUGUGAAUCUGAGUAAAAAAGAAAAAAGGAAGAAAAAAAAAAAAGGCAAAAGAAAUGCCUAAGGCUCCAGUUUGUAUUGUUGAUAGUUUAGGUAAAGUAUUUAUCUUUUUUUAAAGCAAAAACAGUUUUGACUUAUUUUAUUCCACCUAGAGUCAUAAAUAUAACUUACAAUUAAAUUCUCUGAAUAAUUAAGGACUGGCACACCAGCAGAGAUGUAAAGAGCCUCCUCUCGGUGCUAUUUCAUCCGUCAGAACUGUGCCUCUAGUUUGAAUCCUUGGUGCUGAAUUUGGAGGGUUGACCAAUGCCAAACCCAGUUCUCAGAAAGGUCUGCAUUUUAUUUAUUCAACUUACUCUGUUCAUAUACCAAAAUCCACUUGGUUUACAGCAGUGUGAGCUACAGAGAAACGGCAGUCUUUGAUCUGGUGUUUUGCUCUAAUGUGAACUGAGCCAGGCGCUCUGUUAACUGGGUGGUUUUUAAUUGUGUUCAUUACAAACGAGAACUCACUACUCCCCUCUGGAGUGGCAGCUAGAUCACCUGGGACAGCCCAGGUGAGCUCAGCCAAGGCAGGCACAGUUUGAACAGAAGAAAUUCAAGUCCUGCCCCAUUCAAACUACUUCAUUGGGCCAUUUGCAGUUGCUGGUGGCACUCAAGUCACUGUGAAUUUUGGUAGCUAGUCUGGUAACUUGUUUUGGGAUGUCAUUGGCAUAUGAACAGGGUGCAUAAUCACUGGUAUUGGUCAGGCCCUUUUUAAUAACAUUGGGAAGACUGAACAUAGUGCUUCUGUACUGGUGCAGGUAGCAGAUUAUCUCAGCUUGUUGUUUUUGUUCCAAGUACAAUGUAUUUUGUUAGUAGAGUUUUGAUACUUGAUUCAGAAAUGGCUUAGAUGUGUACAUUUACUGACUAAGUGCAUUUUGCUUUUGUAUUUCUUUGCUUUAAGUAGAUCUAAAUGGUAGUUCACAAAAACACCACAAUCUAGCUUACCGUGCUGCCACACUAUCAAACUGGUGCAUUUAAUUGUAUUGUGACUUGGUGUUCUGUGUACAGAAAGUGCCGCUCUGAGCAGCGGCUGUAUUUUAUAGAGAUGUGAUGAAAAUUUAUAAAUUUCAUAUACUUUAUUUCAUUUAUUUUUAGACUGUACAGUGCACAGUGAACUUCUAAAAACUUAUUUAUUCAAGUGCACAAAAUGAGGAGAAAUAUAAUCCAUUAUAUAGACAUCACCCUGGUCUGUAGUUCAGACUGGACCAAGCACCAAUAAAGGAAACUACAGUAACAGAAGGGGAAUUGCAACAGCAAAAUGACUAGAAAAACACGUUUAGGCAUUGGGAAAACACCUGCGCAGGUGCUCUGGGGGCAGCAUUGAUUGCUCUGCUGAGAGGCACUCGCUACCCUUAAAUCUCUUCUAGGUCCCUGGUGCUCCUUAACGAGUCUCCAGCCUCCAGCAAUAGGGCAUUUGCCUUAGACUUGAGCCUGCCUCAGCAGGCACCUGACGGAGGGUCCCGGGGUCACAAAAAGCUGGGCUGGGUGCAUUGCCUUCCAACUCCUGCCUCUGCGUGUGAAGGAGGUGAGGUAGCUCGGCCCUUGCGUGCUCUCCUGCUGUCUGAUCUGUGAAUGCCGUGCUGGCCAUGCUCAAGGGAGUGGUGGGAAGAGGUGACCAAGCAGCUCCUGCCCUCUGCAGAUUUCAGUUUGACCCUUUUCUCUGUACCUCAUCCCUGGCAAUCUUAGUAGAGAUUUAGUUCAAAGCGUGGUUAUUUUGUUGUUUCCUAUGUGUGUCUUUCAUAGGCAGCCUUUGUGCACAGAAACUGUUGAGCUGAUUUUGCCUUACCCAUUGGAAAGGGAAGGGAUCGGUAGCCCUGGAAAUGAGGAGUGUUUUGGAACUGUUUUCUGCUUUGCAUGUGGGAGGACUUGACAGUGGUGCGCCCUGCUGAGUUAUUAGCUGCAAGAUGAGAACCUGGAAAAGGGCAAGAAAGCUCAGAGGGCGAUGGCUGAGAAACAUCCAGUAGCUUCUAGUAGAAGCUGUACAGAGUUAAUGUCCUGGAAUCCAGGAAGACAAUGUAACCCAGAUGUUUUGCAGCUGGGAGUUGGGCAGCUUCAGCUUCAUCCAGAUCCUUGGCUAACUGAAAGUUGCAGAGCUGCCUUAGCAUCCUCCCGGCAAACAGCAAGGUGCUCCGGUCUUGGAAGGCGGGUUGUGCAUGAGCAAUUGCUGGAGGGGCAGUAGCCUUAAUUACCUCCCCCCCGCCAUUUUUAUCCCAGAUGUGAGAGAUGAGGAAAUACAAGAAGAAGCUUUUAAUCCAUCUGCUUUUUGUCAGAUCCUUUUCCAAAAAUGGACCAAACCAGUGUUCCUUAGGCCUCUUAUCCCCCCCCACCUUCAUGUCAAACCAGCGAAGACAUCCAGCAAGAGAACUCAUUCUGUACAGGGAGGCUUCACAUCAGUUCAUACCUGAGAUGCUUGCAGGACGCUGGCAGAGAUGCCUGCUUGGAGAAGGAGCUGGCUCACGGUGGUCUGCCAACCCCGGUGUGCUUUCUAACCCUGGACAGCUGCUUGGUGCAUGCGUCGCCCAGCUGGCUCCUGACACUCUCCGGCAGCCAAAGAGGGUUGGCCAGGUGCUUGCUGCAGGAAUGAUGUGCUUUGCAUUCGCAGCAUUUCAGAAAUCAGUGCCUGGGAGCAACCAGAGCAAAGGCUGGGCACAGAGUUUGUCAUCUGCUCUCCCGUGCAUGCUGGGGAAAACCAAAAUCCCCCUUUCCAUCAGUGUUGCUCCCCAUAGCAGGUUGCCCUUGGGUCUGUGUGCGAUGCGCUGGGUGCUCUGGUUCUGGAUGGCCCGCUGUGCUCUGUGGCAGGGCUCGUUCGCAAGCACUCGUUGGAAAUCGGCAGUGUGAGCCUGCUCGCUCCCAUCACCUGGGAAAGACAAAACCAGAGGGGCACAGCUCGCCCUGGUCAGACCCAGGCACAAAGGCUGGACGGCCGAGCAUCCACUGCAGCCUCCAGGGGCCUGUGGAGGCCAGGCCUUCAUCUGCCUCUGGGUCAUCUCGGUGCUGGCAUUCUCUGUGACCUCACACUUCUGUCUCAGCAGCCCAUGCUGCAGGAGCCCAGAGUUGCUCUGGCCUUGCCAGCAUCUUCCACCUGCGCCUGGUGCUGCUGGCACCGUCCCCUCGUCAUGUGCUGCAUGGUUGUAGUGAGUUUCCCUCGUGUCCCAGUCUGGUCUAAGUCUUCGUCAUAAUCCCUGCUAUGGCGUGCUUCCAGGAGAGUGUUGGAUAAGCUGCGGCGUGUUUGGAGCAGUGCGAGACAAUGGAGGUUUUGGGCUGAUGCCUUAAUGCUGCUUUACUUGGGAGAAGUCACCGAGGUUGCUAUGGGAUUUGUUGUCUUCUUCCCCACUCCCUGAUCUUUUGCUGCUUGGCCAUAACCUUGAGCAAGUUCAAAUUGUUUCUCUUCUGUCUGCAAACUGGGGAGAGCAUUUACCUGCUUGCAGGACUGCUGGAGGAAUAGCUCUUUGAGAUGUUGGGAUCUGAUCCAUAUGGCUACAAGAAUGAGACCCUCGUGACCCUGAUGUAUGAGUACUGUGCCAGAGACUUGAAACCUGUUUUCAAUAAUUGGAGAUACUUUUGAGUCAUCAAAGCCAAGCAGCCAGUUCCAGAAAGGAAUUCCUUCUGUGUUACCACUUCCUGCCCAGGUCCAGCCGUUUUAUGGCCGUCACAAAUGUUCCUUCUCUUCCACGCUGCUGCUGCCAGCAAGGGACUCAUCAGGAAGUCAAAAUACAUCUUGCAGCACAUAAUGUUGCCAAAAAAAAAAAAAAAAGAAA